AUGGGAACAAUAACCUCAGACCUGUACGAACAGCGUAUGCCGCGGUGCGAGACUGAGGCUGAGAGGUUGGAUGAGCAAUAUUCCCUGCAUGGGUUGAACCUUGGCUACGACCUGCAUCCCACCAUUGUCAAACGGCUCCCUCCUGGCGCGCGGAUUGCCGAUAUAGCGACAGGAACUGGGAUAUUCUUACGCCAAAUCGCACCAAUCUUUCCUAAAGCAGCCCUUCAUGGCUAUGACAUCUCUCCCGCUUUGUUCCCACCCAAUUCCACCCUCGAGGCAAACAUCGAUCUCCGCGUUCUGGAUGCAAAACAUCCAAUUCCGAGCGAACUGAUCGGAUAUUACGAUGUAGUUCACGUCCGCAAUAUCUCAAUGGGCCUCAUGCCCGACGAGUGGCCAGCCCUAGUUACUAACUUGGUAACCCUCCUCAAACCUGGCGGUGUGCUGCAGUGGGUGGAAUGCGACGCUCUGCACGUUCAGCAUCUAGGCACAGACGCCGAUUCUACCACAGGCACACUAGAGAUCAUAUACGACAUGAACCGUGCACUGGUACAGCCGCGAUUUGAAGGUGGUUGGACCUCCUUGCCGGGUAUUAUGGACAAAUUGAACUUGGUUGAUAUUGAGCAUCAUGUUGUUGGCACUGAUAGAGUUCCGGAGACGAGGCCAAAGUUGACAGCCAAUAGUAUGAUCUUUUCGUUUUUAACUGCGCGUGGGGGAAAGGGGGUCAUGGGUUAA